AUGGAGGUGCCCCCAGACAAGUGGGGAAUCAUUAACUUGGCUGACACGGUGGAGGCUUUGAUGGGAAAGAAGGGGGACGAAACUUCGAAGCGCAUUUUUGAAGAUUCCAAAGCUGGCAUUGAGACACUCAUUCCAAUAUUGUUGACUGGUGAUGCGCCUGGGAUCCGCGUUCCUAAGCGUCCUGUUACAAACUGUUUUGGUGGCAAGCAUGUCUUCAAGGCUACUGUGAAGCAGAGGUAUCCUACUGAUCCGAUUUUGAGUGCUUUAAAGGGUUCUAUCAACUUUAGCCGGCAGUGGAAUAUGCGUCUGAUGUCAGCAUGCUUCGACAUGUCUUGUGCGGUUUCCAGCAACGAGGGACAUUCCUAUGCUACACCGCCGGCUAUGGAUGUGAUAGGGUCGGAAAUUGCAAUCGUGACUCCAGAACUGCCUCCUGGCCAGCAGACUACUGCUGCGGUUGUGACACCCGAUUCACAGGCAGUUGUAACGCCGGAAUCCCUGCCUCCAGGCCAGCGUCGGCAAGUGACCAUUGAUGAUGACAGUCACAUCUUCAUCGCGCCUAUCGAGGACGACUUCAGCGACGUCUCCAUCGACGAUGAUUAUUUUGACUGA